AUGUCUGCUCCUAGAGAUGAGGCUGCCAGCAAGAUAGUAUUCAGCCAUGUGCUUGUAAGAAUUAACUUUAUGGUAGCACUAUUAGGGGAGGAUAUUGUGGAUAUCAAUCUUGAUGUAGGAUGUGCCCAACAGAGAAAACAGGUUGAUUGCAGUCAAUAUAAAAAGUUACCACCAGGAGAAGAACGACUAUGUCAUGAAAUCUAUGCACCAAUUUGUGGCUCUGAUGGCCAAACGUAUGCCAACGAAUGCUUCUUUUGUUCUGAAGUGGUGAAAACUAACAGCAAACUUAAAUUUGCACAUUUUGGAAAAUGUUGAAUCUGCCUGGAGAUUUUGAAAUAACUUUUCGUGUAUCCAUUCACAAGAGACCCAUCUUUCUCCCCAGAUAACCUAUGCCUUAUUGAAUAAUUCUGCCCCAUUAUGUCUUCAUUCAUAUGUCAAAUAAAAUAGACUUACCUUAAAUACA